CCUGGCUGAGGUGGUGUCUGUUCAGGCCUACCUGUGCUCUGAAACUACACCCCUCACCUGGGUGGGCGGGGCUUCAUUAGAGUACGUUCACGACGAUGCUCAGGACCUGGCAGAGCACCUGGUUAUCCACGGACAUUGCCUGAGCUCCACUGAUCACCAGGAGCUGAGCAGCCUCUUCAACCUGGGCCAGGAGAGCUCUCGCUGGGCUAUGGAUCGCCGAGUAGCCCUGGCCAUGGCCAACCUGGAUAUCCCCCAAAACUGGAAUGUGCUGGGGAGCCACAGUGGAGACGAGCACAGUCCCAGAGAGUCUCCCCUCCACCUGGCUGUUCGCUGGGGUCUGUGUCGGCUCGCCGAGCUGCUGCUCUGCCAGCCGGGAGGUUUGAUGGCUGUCAGCCUGCCAAACGAAGACGGAGUCACACCGCUGCAGCUGGCACAGACAGCCGGCAACACUGAGCUCCUGGAGCUGCUCUCACACCCACCCAACCCUCUGGCCACUCCUCCAGCAGGCCUGUCCCAGGUGUGGGCAGACCGAUCCCGGCUGCUGAGGUUCUGUCACGACACGGGGAACCUGACCCUGACCGUCCGACAGAACCUGAGGUGGAGCUCGGAGGAGAGCAGGCACGCCGACAUCCUGCUUCUGAGAGACCGGCUCAGAGAUGUGGACUUUCUCAGAGAGAUCAAAGCGCUGAGGAGGGACCGGGUGGAGACCGUCUUAGGGAAGGAAGAGCUGGUGGAUGAUCCUGCAGACAGUGCGCUGUACCCCGACUUAAAUGGAGGAAGCUCUGCUGGUGAAGAAAAUGUUCCCAGCUUCUUCACUGAGGACUAUGAAGAGCAGCUGAUGUUCUGCCUGAAUGAGGAGGACGAGGAAGAAGAAGAAGAAGAAGACGAGCCGUCGCAGUCUGACUCUGAGAAAAGCCAGUCCAUAAGGGAGAGCCAGGCCUCAUCCCCGACUCUGGCUGCCGCUGCCAGACUGUCAGCGAUGAUCCACGGCAAAGACCAAGUGUACGCCAACGCCAUGCUGGUGGACCAGGUGGACGACGCUGACAUUAAGUACCGCUCUCCAGGGGAGGAUGAGGUCAGCCCCUCAUCCCAUGCUGGCAGCUCCUGCUGGGAUUCCUUCUCCGUGACUCCCCCUAAUUCAGGGAACUGCUCCCAGAACCGGCACCCAUCCUCACCCCACAGCGGGCAGAGGGGUAUCCAAGGCCCGGAGAGUCACAGGGAGCCAUCUCCUCGCGUCUCUCCCCCCUCUCCCUUUGCUUCCUCCCCAUCUUUUCCUUCCUCUCCCCUGGCUUCCGCCCUCCGUUUGUUCGAAGGAGCACAGAGGCGUCAGAACCAGACAUGCUUGCCAGUUUCUCCGGCUUUGAAUCACAGAGGAUGCAGCUUUACGGAGGCGAGCCGAGGCCUGAGCCCCAGUCUCGAGUGUGACAGCGGAGAGGAGGACAUACUGGGACAUUCCUACCCCUGCUCGUCCUCAAAGCAGCCGUCCAUCCUGCGGUCCAGCUCAGGAGAGGAGAGGGACUCCUUCGAUACGUCACCGGAUUUCAAUCGCGCGCACUCCGACGUCACGCAGAAGGUCACCAAGAACCCAGAGGAAGCCGAGGUUCGCCUGCGCUCCUACUCCUACUCCUCCCCUAAAGCAAAGCCGUCACGGCCGCUGCUAAACCGAGACGCAACUAUCACUGAUCUGGCAGAAGAUGGCGCGUUCAGCAGCAGCGGCCGCUCUCUACUUCAGGCUCUAUCUCUUUCUAAAUCCCUCUCUCGUCUCAACCAAGUUAAGCAGCGAGCGUUCAACCUGACUGAGACGCCCAGAGAAAAGAGGGUUUUGGGUUUCCGUAAGCGGGCCCAGUCAGCCGAGGAGGAGAGCAGCGCAUCGCUCCAACACCUCACCCUCACAGAGUUCCUCAAAGAGAUCGAGGAUGAGGAGUGGGAUAAAUACAUAAUUCCAUCUAAGGUCGAGUCGGAGAAGUACAAAGUCAGCCGGACCUUCAGCUUCCUCAAGAGCAGGAUGUCCAGCACUCGCAGCAAGACCAAGGUGAAGGGGAAAGAGGUGAAGGAGGCAAAGGAGAAGUCAGGAGCGGCUAAUGGACACCAGUUUGUUCCUGUAUCUCCAUCUGGUCCUGCUCUCUGUGUGGCCUGUGAUAAGUCUGUUUCUGGGAAGGAGCUGCUGCAGUGCUCCAACUGUUUCCUGAACGUCCAUAAAAACUGUCGAGAGUCUGUUGCGGCCUGCGGAAAGAAGCCUCAGGACAGGAAUGCACUGCUGAUGAAGAGCAAGACCUUGUCCCUCCCACAGAACUCUAUGAAAGACUCUCCGGCGUCCAUUUUUUCUUCUUCUUCCUCCUCAUCGUCUUCUCUGCCGGCGAUGACCAGAGAGAAAAGAGAGACGGUCGCUCCUCUGUCCAAAAGCCUCUCCAUCUCCAUCGACAGCAGACGUCUGAGUGAUGCAGCGGCGGCGGAUGCUGAGAGCAGCGUCACAGUUUGCACCAACAGUUCCUUGUCUGACGAAGGGACUCCGGUCACGGCGACUCCUCCGUCCACCGACCUGCCGAUCACCACGCAGGAUGCUGUUGAUGCUCCUCUGCUCAGUGACCUGUCAGCCGACCUGCUGGGACUAGAAGCCGAGUCGUGGAGUCUCGCGGUCAGUCCAGAGUUUUGUAGGAAACACGACAGACACACGGUCAAACGACAGGAUGUUAUUUAUGAGCUGAUGCAGACGGAGCUGCACCACAUCCAAACCCUGACCGUCAUGUCGGAGGUGUUCAGGAGAGGCAUGCUGGAGGAGCUGCAGCUGGACUGGGAGUCCGUCGCUCGGAUCUUCCCGUGCUUGGACCCACUGCUGCUGUUCCACAGGAACCUCUUCAGAGCGCUGCAGGAACGCCGACAGGCCGCAACCCAAAUUGAGAACUCACAAAAUUACCUCAUCCAUCAGAUUGGAGAUAUUCUGCUUCAGCAGUUCUCAGAUGAGAACGCUGAGAAGAUGAAGCAGGUGUACGGAGAGUUCUGCAGUCAUCACAUCGAGGCUGUCAAUGUCUUCAAAGAGCUGAAGCAGCAGAACAAGAAACUCCAGAAUUUUGUCAGACAACAAAGCAACAACUCUCUGGUCAGACGAAGAGGAGUCCCAGAAUUCAUCCUGCUGGUCACUCAGCGCAUCACCAAGUACCCGGUGCUGCUGGAACGGAUAUUACAGUACACUCAGGAAGGAAGUCAGGAACACUCCGACUUGUCGAGUGCUUUGGCUCAGAUCCGUGAUGUGAUCGUAGCCGUGGACUUGACUGUGAACAAGUACGAGAGGUGUCAGGAGCUGCAGGAAGUUCUGGCCCGGCUGGAAAACAAGAGCUUCGCCAAGCUCAAGAACGGCAAGAUGUUUCGCAAACAGGACCUGCACAGCAAACACAGGGUUCUGCAGCACAAAGGGCUGGUCUACUGGAAGACGGCCACGGGGCGUCUGAAAGAUACUUUGGCCAUUCUGCUCACAGACGUUCUGGUUUUCCUGCAAGAGAAAGACCAGCGCCUUGUAUUUGCUGCUGUGGACCAGAAGCCCCCAGUAAUCCCUCUGCAGAAGCUCAUCGUCAGAGAAGUAGCCAAUGAAGAGAGAGGGAUGUUCCUUAUCUCUGCCUCCUCGGUGGGGCCAGAGAUGUACGAAGUUCACACGACCACCAGGGAGGAGAGGAAUGCAUGGAUGAGACACAUCCGCCAAGCUGUGGAGAGCUGUCCCGAGGAAGAGGAAGAGGAGGAGCGAGCCGCUGAGACGGAGGAAGCCAGGCAAGCAGCAGAAGUGAGAGUUCAGAAGAUCACCAAGUUCCAAGAGACGUUGUUGGGUCAGGACCAGCGAAUCUGCAACAGCCUGGAGGAGAAGUUGCAGCUUUACGCCGAGCUCACAGAGUUAACCCUCCGCUCACCAGAACCGGCACCACAUCGCCACCUGCUGGUACAACCUGCCCAGUACACUGACAGUGAGACGCCACGACAGGCCUCCUCCCUGCUCACAGCCGCACUCAGAGAAGCGGAGAACCUGAUCACCAUCCUACAGGCUCGCGAUGGCCUUUCUGUGCAAAACCAGACGUCUCCCGUCCGAGGACCAGAGUGCUGCAGCUACAACAGCCACGGCAGCAGCAUUCAGGAGUCUCCGUCUGAGCCGGAUUAUCUGAGCACGCUCAGUAUGAGCUCCACCUCUCUGGGAUCAGACAGCGAGCUAACAGGGCUGGACAACGUGCUGUGGAGCUCAGCCGUGGAGCUGAGAAAAGGCGACACCAAAGGGACACUCGUAAAGGUGGCAGAGAGCGUGCAGAGUCUGACGCAGCUUCUCUACAGUCUGCAGGCGGCUGUGACCCUCCAGGACAGCUGCUAUGAAGUCCACAAACUCCUUCUCCAGGAGGGAGAAAGACCUCAGCUCCGAACCAUCACUUCCCUCCAAAGCAGCUUGGAACAGGAGAGGCAGAGGAGUAUUGAAAAGAAGAAAGAAGACGUAGAAAAGAAGGGUUCAGAGAGGAAGAAAGAGGAAGUGGUGGAGGUGCAGAAACUCCAUGUGAAGUUGAAGCAGGAGCAACAACGUUGGGACAAAGAGUGUUCGGCCAGAGAGAAGCAGCAGAGCGAGCAGGAGAACGUGCUGGAGCAGCGAGAGCAGCAGUGUCUCCUGGAGGCCGAGCGGCUGCGAGUUGAGCGCGAGGAGCUCGAGGCUCAGCUGCUGGAGUAUCAGCAGAAUCUGGAGCGACUGAGGGAGGGCCAGAGGAGCGUGGAGAGGGAGAAGGAGAGGAUCGAAGCCCAGCAGAGGCUCCUCCAGAGCUGGAGACACAACCGCCAGAGCAGCCUGCCCGUCACGAUACCGCUGGAUGGAUACAAGCCCCAGGUGUCCAGCCACAGCCGCUCAGGCAGCCUGGAUGGAAACUGCUCCGUGUACGAGAACGAGGCGGCUUUGUUCGCCUCCCUCCAGCAGAACCACGUCCACCAGCCCGCCACCAACAACCAGCACCAGCUUCUGCUGUCCAUGCCGAGGAAGAACCACGACGGGCCUCUGCACAGCCCCGGCUACACCGCUAACCUGGGCCUCAGCGCCAGCCUCUACAACAGCCUCAACACCCUGCUGAGCCAGACGCACAGCAAGCAGGCUCUGGACGGUCUGGCCUUCCCGGGUUACAACCACGGCUGUCCGCGGCCCCUGAAUGACUCCAUCCAGCCGUUCAGCAGCAGGGUCGCUGCCCAGCCACAGAGGACCAACAACACAGACUUCCACCCACUGCUGGACAGACAGUCUCCAGAUCCCUGGAGGUCAGAGGUCACAGGUCACGGACUUUACGAGGACGGCUACUCCUCCUCCCCCUCUCUCACCCCUCUCCUCCCCCCGCAGGCCUACCUCUCUCUGGAAGGACAGAACGGGGAGGAGGGCGGAGAGGAGAACAUUGUUUACCUCUGAGGGCAGAGAAUGGCCUCACGUACAACUGGACAAACAUGAAUAUAUAUCGGUUGCUUAUGUGUGCAUUUGUGUCCGUCUGAGUGUGAUGGAUUAAAGUUCUUUUUAAAAACAUCCUGAAUGAUCAGAUGAGUUGUGGGUCGGUGCAGGUAGAAGCUGUGCACAGAUACACUCGGUGCCUUUAGCAUGUGCUGAACUAAUCUUUCUCCUCCGGUGUGAUCAAACCGUCGUGCCUUUUUUUUGCAAAUCAGCUUUUCUACUUGUACUGCCCAUGUUUUUACUUCUACUAUGAUUUUUUUUAAAGCUAUCCGUUGCACUUGUUUGAUGACAGAGAGGUUCCUUUGUGAUUCAAACACUGAAGCAGCAAGAAAAUCAGGACAGAAGUAUUGACGUUUUCCCAUCAGCACUUAAACAAACAUAUAUAAGAAGCCAUUUGAGCCCCGAACUAUGUAUAGAGCGCUAUUGAUCUUUAAUAAUAUUUAUAAGGGAUUUGUGAGCAUCUACAAGACAUAAAAAAUAUACUGACAUUAUUGUAUAAAUAUUAAAUAUAUGUAUAGUUUUCUGGAAAUAUGCUACCUAUGCACACUAUGUCGGAGGAGGAUCUUAUAUUAAUAUCAUUAUUAUUCUCACUUAAGUGCCAAAAAUCUUGCUAUCCGAUACUGUAAUUGAUUUCUGUAAAGAGUGGGUGUAUGUUUUUUUUUUGUUUUUUUCCCAGUUCGUUGCCUUUUCUGAUAAUUUAUUGCGUAUAAAUUGCUUCGUGCACUGUAAACAGUAAUAAUAUUUUUGUUUUAAUACGUGUUGUCUUGUAAUCUCUAUAAUAAUCAGAACUGUGAUGUGCCAUAUUAAUAUCGUGUACAUAAAAACCGUUGUUCCAAAC